GCGACACCCGACAGUCAGUCCGGCGCCGACAGCCAUCACGCGCACACGUAAACAUUCAACAUGGCCGCUGCCCACACACUUUCGGUUCCUGCACCCGCCGAGCGUCGCCCCGAGGGCCGCGCUGGCUCGCGACGUAUAUUCCCGCCGCAGUUCAAAUUGCAAGUGCUGGAUGCGUACAGGCGAGACGCACAGUGCCGCGGGAACCAACGGGCGACGGCGAGAAAAUUCGGAAUCCAUCGACGACAGAUCCAGAAAUGGCUGCAAGCCGAGCCGGCGCUGCGAGCGGCACUUCUGAGGCGAGCGCCGCAGCCCGCACCGUCUCCUCCCCCGUACUCGGUGGGUUCUCCGGAGAGCGCCCGGUUGCCGUCACCUCCGCCGCCGCUGCCGGUGGUCACCACGACCUCUCCGGUCCAGGUGCUCACGGGAGUCGCGGCGCCGGUGCCGCGAGCUCAGUCGUUCAUCGCGGAGCCCAUCGACCUGUCCGUGCGGCGGUUGUCUCCGCCGCCCGCGCCGAUUCCGUCCUACGCCCCCGCAACACCCGUGCCACCCAAGAAGCCGUUCAAGUUGUUCAGACCAUACCUGAUGGAGGACGAGGACGACAAGCGCGCGUCGCUGGCGUGCGGGCGCGGCGGACAUGUAUCCGCGUUCGUGCCCGUGCAGAGUGCGGCGGCGUGCUCGCUGCCCGCGUGCUCACCGUGCUCACUGCCCGCGUGCUCGCCGUGCUCAAUGCCCGCGUGCUCGCCGUGCCCGCCGUGCCCGCUGCCCGCGUACGCCGCGCCGCUCAGGUGAAGCGGCCGCGGAGCCCGCCUUCUACUGUGAUCUAGUCGCCGGCCUCCAGUUAGGGUUGCCAGAUAGAAACUUAUCAAACCCGGGACAUUUCUAGGACAACGGUGUCGGGUCGCGGUCAUAGUAAGAACUAUCUUGUAGUAUACCUCCCGCCCGCCGCCCACACACACAGGCAGCCAGUCGUGUCAUUUGGUGUCAGUUUAUUUUGUUACAAAACUGGUAGGUUUUCGGAAUGCAGGACAAUAAACUCUAGUAAUUAGACAGGGGACGAGACGUAAAAUUCCGGGACAAUCCCGGAAUUCCCGGCCAUCUGGCAAGCCUACCUCAAGUCCAUCAUUGUGCCUUAUUACGCCAUAGUGCAUUACAUUACGAUGGUAUAUUUUGUGAAUAGAUUUAGAUUUGUAAUAUAAGAUGAAUAUAUUAAAUGUAUUUUUAUAUGUGGGAUUUAUGACUUACCUACAAUAUUGAGAGUUAUGAUUAUUAUUAUAUUAUAAUAAAUGAUGUUGUUUAAUACAA